AUGGAGAGUCCGCAGGUCUCACUAGGCUGUACAACAUGGCGCUGCCCAGAUGGAAGCUUCACCAAAACAAUUCUUGAGCCAGGAUCCGGAGUGGACAAGCCCAAAGAGCGAGGUGUGUGCAUGAUAUUUCUCUGCUCCUCAUCCGGUCCUGGUUAUCCUGCUGGAAGCUGGGUUGAGGUGGAACUCGGAGAGGGGGACACAGCACAGGACCGCCUAGUUGACCAAUGUCUAGAGUCCAUGCUUCAAGGGGAGGUCUGUCAGGUGGACAGCCCACUAGGAUUCCAGCUUGUCUUGCGGCUGAAAAGCUUUGAAAAGGGCACAGAAGCUUGGGAACUGGAGCCAAGCGAGAAGAUCCAAAGAGCGAAAAAGGACCGGGAAAAGGGCGGCAUGGCCUUCAGAGAUGGUAACAUCGAGGGGGCUGAGAGGCGAUAUACCCGGGGGCUCAGACACUUGGUGUGCACCCCCAGUGAAGCUGAAGAGGAAAAGGUGGCACUUCUGUCCAACUUGGCUGCUUGUGACCUCAAGAAGAGACGUUUUCGAGAAGCGGAGGUGAGAUGCACCAGAAUUCUGGAUUUGGAUCCCAACCACCUCAAAGCUCUGUACCGGAGGGGCAUAGCCAGGGCGGGCAUGUCAGACUGGGAGGGGGCAAGGGGCGACUUAGAAAAACUGCUGAAAUUGGACCCAGGGAACAAGGAAGCGAAGAGGGAGCUGGUGAGCGUUCGGGAGAAGGAGAAGAUUGCGCAGGCGCAAAUAAGCAAGGCCUUGGGGAAGAUGUUCCUUUAA